UGAUCGGCUUGCAAUAUGUGCAAUCAAUAUAAGCAUGACACGAUUUGUAUAUACGCCUACAUCUGCUGACUGACUUAAUACAGUUUGCAAUCACGAUGGCGAAUAUUCAAGCGCAAAUAUCCGCCGAACUACUCGGCAGCAAAUCCCUACCCGUCUCUCCAUCCUGGCUGAAUAACUUCAUCUCUACAUCAACAGCAUCUCAACGCAAUGUCCCACUCUCCGCCAUAGUUCGGACCGCUCUAUUUCGUAUUCUUGCUUCGGAUUUCAGAGAAUCGCUGUCAACAAGAACGCCAUCGUCCCUACUCCCUGUUGACGUAUUCGAUACUUCCGUUCAAGAAAGGCGUCUACAAGGCCCAAUUCCUUUGCAAAUCGUGGAUAUAGAAGACAUCGGAACAAGCUUAUGGAGUCAAGUCGAAGCGAUUGAGCGCAUUGAACGCGGAGAGGCUAUUCGGGGACGCGAGAUCGUGCGGACAGUCAACGUGGACGAAGACAGUGAGGAGCGAGCAGCACGUGCUGGUAAUAAUAGAACCGCAAAUUCAGCGGCAAGCGGAGCUGGAAGUACUAGCAACGGCCCUCAUCGAUUGAUACUACAGGAUGCGGCAGGGACUCGAGCCGUAGCUAUCGAGGUGAAACGCGUUGAAGGCAUUGGGCUGGGUAACAUACCCAUUGGCGCGAAACUCCUGUUGCGUGAUGCGACGGUCGCCCGGGGUAUGAUUCUACUGACGCCUGAAUGUGUAACCCUGCUUGGAGGCAAGAUUGAGACCUUGGACCAAGCAUGGAAAGAGGGAAGGAAGGCCAAGUUAAUGGCUCGAAUUACAGAGAUGGAGAGGUCGCAGGUGUCGUGAUCCCAAACAAUAGAUCCAAGGGGCGCCGAAGCGGCACAUCUGGAGAUCUAGUGACUUUCUCUGCACGAUCUCCAUUUGUCAAGAAGGCAGGCCUGGGCCAUCUAAGUCUGCACAUCAAGUGGCCUCUAUCAUAAUACUCGAUCAUGCCUAUGGCUUUUCCACCAGGGUACAUUGCAUGCCUUUCCUGAAUGUGGAUGUCGUUGCGCAUUAGUGGCCUACUGAAACCGAGGAAGGGUAUCGGUCAUUCUACAGGAAUGGCGACAGGCUAUCUUGCCAUAAACCCGAAAGCGCCAAGAAGGCCUGCUUUGCUCUAAAAGCAAAAUUAUAGCAUUGAUUGUUCGUGUACACAAGGUACGUAUUCUAAGCAUCUAAAGUGUCUAAUAUCUACAGUAC